GCUAAUUCCUUCUUCUUAUCUCAACUCGAGAAAGUGAAGAAGCAUCAGUUGCGGAGAGACGUUCGGAUUAGACGGUUUGAGGCAUCUCCCUUUUGUCGUAAGUUUCGCCUCUGCUCGAGAAUACGAAGAAUUUAGGUAAUAAGAGUCGCCUGAAUAUGCAGUCUUUCAUCCAGUCAAAUAAGAUUCUCUCAAGAGUGAUGGAGCACAUACGGGUAUCCUGCUCAAGUGACCAGGGGCCGCCCGAGCCACAGUCUCCAACUCCAAGCGGUUCAGACCAGCAACCGAAGCCGGGGGAGAUCGAGGCCGCUGCUUUAAUGAAAGAUGAAACUCCUGUGAUAGUGGCUUCCAUGAGAGGCGGGCAUCGUUGCUUAGCCGCUGACAGGAGCGAGUGUGCAUUCCUCAAGUAUCUCCCAGGACAAGAAGCCUAUCCUUUGCCAGUCAGCGAAAGUAAAAUCAGCGAAAGUACUGAAAAUGGAAUUGUUAGCUUUGGGAGAACAUGCACCUACUGCCACAGGACGUUUUGCACUACUUCCAAUAUGAACAGACACUUACGGCUGGAGCACGGUGUUACACCGAAUACCGAGCAGCAGGGUAAAUAUAGACACAAGAAAAUUGCCAAUAAACGUAUUUUGUGCCUCAGAUGUGGGAAGGACUACAAGUUGUGGAAAUAUUAUUCUUGUCACCUCAAACUAGGCCGAUGUAAUAAGAAGAACGACCAGUGAACAGAACUCUUAUUUCGAGGCUACUUCUCCCAACUUUGCGAUAAUUGGAACCUAUUUUGGGCCAGUGCCUGAAAUGGAUCUUUACUUUGGCACUUGUUUUUCCUUGUUUCUUUGUUAAAGUAUUUAAAUCUCACUCGUCAGGGAUCUCAAAGAACAACGUGUUCUGCUUUUUAUAUCUUUCACAUUAUUUCCUGAUGAUAGGAUGAUAGUUAAGCGAUGGAUUCUACAAGACCACUUUUAAUACUUACGGGCAAGGUGCUGGCAAAGUAUGCCAUUAUUCAUUUACAUUAUUGCUUGUGUAUAUCGUUAUCUUACAUUAUUUAUAUAAUUGUUACCGCUAUUAUUUGACAACAACUCUUGUGCUUUUAAAUAUUCAAAAUAAAUAUUUAAAUAUUCAAAUGUAAAUCCAAUGUUUUUAUGUUCAGCAAUGUUAGUAUAUACUAAGUUAUAGUUGUUAACGCUGUGGCAUAUCAUAGGAAAGUGAGACAAUAAUCUCAGAUGAGUUAUUUGAAAAUAUGGUUUUUUAAAUGAAAAGUUAUUUUUAUAUUAAACCGAGUUUUUUUUCUAUUUUUGAGGGGGAAAAUCCACCUAGACUUAGUUGACGUUUAAUCAGGUUGAAAAAUUAUUUCUGCCUUUUAGCAAUAGUCUAGAAGAUCGGUAAAUGAUUGAUAUAGUAUAUAUAUUUUCUGUUAACUAUCUAAAUAAAAAUCCAGAACUGGCCUAAAAUGCUUCAGAAAGAGAAAACACUUCAGGUGAAGGUAGAAGGAAAACAAACCAUGAUGAAGAAUAAGGGAAACAUUAAUAAUGUCAUCCUCAUUACAUUCAUUCACUGAUGCCCCGUGGUAAGGUCUUAACUUCUCAAAUCCACUGCAGGGAGCC